GUUUGCCAUCUCCCUGUAUCAACCAACUGACGGAAAAAACAAGUCAUUUUCAUCACUUUCUUUUCUGAGUCACUCACGCACGCUCAUGUCUAAUCUGAUGGCUCUCUCUUGUCUCCUUCCUCUCCUUUGUUUCCUCGCCGCCGCCGCCGCCACCACCACCACAAUUACAAUCCCACUCACUCCUUCAGCAAUAAAGCACGCUUCUUCCGAUCCCUAUAAGCUCCUCAACUCUUUAGCCAUUUCUUCACUUUCCAGAGCCCAACACCUCAAAUCUAAAUCAGAAAUCAAAAUAAGAAAAAACUCUUCUUCUACUCUUUCAACUCCUUUAACUGCUCACAGCUAUGGUGGCUACGCCAUCUCUCUCAGCUUCGGCACUCCUCCUCAAACAAUGCCUCUCAUUUUCGACACUGGUAGUAGCCUCGUUUGGUUCCCCUGCACCACCCAUUAUCUUUGUUCUGGCUGUUCUUUUCCCAACGUUGACCCAUCUGACAUUUCUACUUUCAUUCCCAAAAAUUCUUCUUCCUCGAAAUUCAUUAGCUGCCGCAGUCCGAAAUGUGCUUGGAUUUUCGGGUCAGAAGUUGCCGCCCAGUGCAAAAGCUGUGGGCCUAAUGAUAAAAAAUGCUCCCAAAUUUGUCCUCCUUAUAUUCUUCAGUACGGUUUAGGUUCCACAGCGGGACUUUUGUUAUCUGAAACUCUAGAUUUUCCCAACAAAAAACGACCCGAUUUCCUCGUCGGAUGCUCCAUUGUCUCAAACCGACAACCCGCCGGCAUUGCCGGGUUCGGUCGUGGCAAGGAAUCGCUGCCAUCUCAACUGGGUGCUGGUAAAUUCUCAUAUUGCUUACUUUCUCGCAAUUUUGAUGACACAUCGGUGAGUAGUAACCUGGUUUUGGAAAGCGGGUCGGUUUCGGGUAAUACCACCGGCACCGCUUCAAAUGUGCGCUACACGCCGUUUCUGAAGAACCCAAAGGGGGACAAUUCUGCUUUUGAAGAAUAUUAUUACGUGCUUUUAAGAAAAAUCGUUGUUGGAAAUCGUCACGUGAAGGUUCCACACCGGUUUUUGGCGCCCGGAUCCGACAGAAACGGAGGAACCAUUGUGGAUUCGGGUUCAACGUUAACUUUCAUGGAGAAACCCAUUUUCGAGGCAGUGGCAGAGGAGUUCAUAAAACAAAUGGGUAACAACAGCAGAGCACCAAAGGAGGAAAUUCAGUCCGGUUUAAGGCCAUGUUUCAAGAUUUCGGGCGAUAAAUCGGGCAAUAUUCCGAAACUGACUUUCCAAUUCAAAGGUGGAGCAAAAAUGGCUUUACCAUUGGAGAAUUAUUUUGCUUAUGGUAAUGAAAGCACCAUUUGUUUGAUGAUUCUUACCGAUAACUCGGUUGAAGCCGGGCUCAGCAGCACCGGACCGGCGAUAAUUCUGGGGAGUUUCCAGGUUCAGGAUUUUUACGUUGAGUUUAAUUUGGCCAGUGAAAAAUUCGGAUUCGCAAGAAAGAAAUGCUCGUGAAGUAGCGUUUUGACUGAGCGUAAAUUAAUGUUGUAUUAAUUCUUGUUAUUUGUAAUUUGUGACGAGCAAAAUGAAACGGUGACGUGUAACGUGGUUCCAAAAUAAAAAAUUAAAUAUUAUAGAA